AUGGACGACUUCAGCACGAAUAGGCACGCCGACGCGCCAGUAAAACCUGAUCUUGCAGCAUCAGUGCCUUCUCGACAUCCCGACCUUUGGUUCAGCGAUGGAAAUAUCGCUCUGGUGGCUGGCGGCCUCUAUUUCAACGUGCACCUCGGCCUGCUCUGUCGCCACUCGGAGCCUCUUAACGAGGCUAUCAACGCUCUGGCUGCAGACGAGAAACAAACCCGCUUAAUCGAAGGAAAUGUUGUUUUGGAGCUCGACGACCAGCCUAAAGACCUGUGCCGUUUUCUUAUGGCCUUGUAUGAUGGAGUCUCUGGUGUUCGAUACGAUCAUACAGAUUUCGAAAGCGUCUCUGCGUUAUUACGACUCUCGACCAAGUAUUCCGUUGAGCACAUUCGAAGAGACAUCUUGCGCGGCAUGAGCACGAUUUGGCCGCGAACGCUCUCCGCCUGGGAAUUCAGAGAAGCAGACGCAACAGAUCCUUCUGGCGUCUACAAGCCACGGUGCAUAUAUCCACACCCAAUCCUCGUCAUCAACCUUGCAAGGGAAACCAACACCCCCGAACUUCUUCCGUCAGCCUUCUAUGACCUCUCUCGCUGUUCAGCAAGCGAAAUAGCCACCGGAUACCUCUCGCCCCACUCAUCUGAACGCUCGGAGCUGCAUGUCCUCUCCGACGAAGAUCUCAUGAGCGCUCUCAAAGGCCGCGAACACGCCUCGCGUUUCCUCUCUACCUUCGUCGUCAACGAGCUAGAAGGACGUGAAGUCUCCGCUGGCUGCGUGCACCGCACCGACCCCGACCCGUUCCGCAAGCGCAUCUGCCAGGCGACCUUCGAGUCGACGACCUUCGAGAUCUUGCGCGACGUCAACGGUGUCGUCUUCCACCGUAGCUCUGACCCCUUGUUCGCGAUCAUGGACGCGGACUUGAUGCAGACGCGCAGCGACGGCUCAGGCGGGCGGCUGAGCUUGCUCCAUCGUGCGUGUGAGCCGUGUCGGGUGGAGUUCACGAGCUCUGUGGAUGCCGCAAGGGAGGAGAUGUGGAGUGUCAAGUUCCCCGAGAACUUCUCUCAAGAGGGGUAUAUUCAGGAGGAUCUUUUCAAUUGCAGCGAUCGCGUAAACAGCCUCCGUGGCCGUCGGUGGCACAUCAACGUUUCAACAUCUGGCAGCGUCCCACAUGUCGGGUAUCGUCUCUCAAGCGAAAACCCUCCUUCGAGCCACGGUCAUGCCCCGGGUACCGGGCCUCUGAAAGUUCCUGCCGCGAGUAUCGCGGAGACCGCCAACUCACUCGCCGACCAACAGGCACCUUGGAUGAAAUCGCGCCCAUGGCGCUCUGGAGAACCUUUCCAGCACCCCCUGCCCAAGGACGGCGAUCCGUGGCGAAAGUGCAACCAACUCGUGAAGGACUUCGAUGACGCGCGGUGCGAGCGCUGGAAGGAUGAGGUGCAGAAUUUGCUAAUUUUUGCAGGUCUCUUCUCCGCCGUCGUAACCGCGUUCGCUGUGGAGACGCAGCGCCUUCUCCAAGAGGACCCAGACGCGACGGCCGUACUCCUGCUCGCGCAGAUCGCAACACAAAUGAGUCAAAACACGUCGGCACCACCCGAUCCCGUACAAACCACACUCAUACCAUUCACCGCGACAUUACAGUCUAUCCGAAUCAACAUUCUCAUAUUCCUCAGUCUCGUUCUCUCACUGGCCACUGUAUUAUUCGGCAUUCUGACUCUUCAGUGGAUCCGCGAGUUCCAACGAAAGGAGAACGUAUCUCACGUCGAGAUGUUGAUCAUUCGGCAAGUGAGGUUCGAAGGGCUGACGAAGUGGAAGGUGCCUCAAAUCAUCUCCCUCCUCCCUGUUCUCCUUCAGACAGCGCUCGUUCUCUUCUUUGCAGGAUUGAUCGAUUUCUUGGUCAGCAUUCACCAGACGCUCGCCAUCGUUGUCGGUGCGGUGGUCGGCCUUACUCUUGUCCUCGCGUUUACAGCGACCAUUCUGCCAGCUCUGCAGAGCUUGUACUGCUUGAUCAUGUUCCCGAAUAAUCCCGGAAUCCAGUGCGCGUACAAGUCCCCUCAGUCUUGGGCAUACUUCCGACUCAUCUUCAACCCUAUUUCCUUCCUCUUCACAACUGCGGGCAAGAUCCACCGCGAAUUCGAGGUCAAAAACUCUGUUAUCGAGAACCUCACCCAACUUGCCAACGCGGAUAAUUGGUCUGAUUACGACAAGAUUUGGAAAGUCCACAAAGACGCAGACAUCGAUGCACCCCUUGCGUGGAUAGCGACAGCUUUUACACAGAACCUCGAGGCUGUCUGCGCCAUUUAUCAGUGCUUUCGUGACGCCGAUAUUGGGAAAGCUUGGAAGGCAUACUGGAAGAUUGAGGGCGAACAUCAUCUUGCACCAGCCGUCGAAGAGCUAAGCCAGAAGGAUCAGGAGCUUAUACGUGACCUGAUUUCGGAGGGAGCCGUCCGUCAUUUUACAGCCAAGAAAGAAUUGCGCCACUCUCAAUCAUUAAUGAUGCAUCAUCUCGAAUUAUACAAUCGGGCCACGACGUCUGGCGCUCGAAUGUCCGACAAAUGCAUGCCUUGUGUGAGGCUGUUCACACCGAAGUGUCCUGACCUAUCGUGGAUUGAAUUUGGAUCUACAGGUGCACCGGACAUACCUCAAGAGAUGCAACUCCAAGUUCUCAAUUCACUCCUACUCAAGAUGGAGGGCAAGGUGUCCAUGCAGUGGCAUGACUUUGAUCUCUUCUGGAAUGUCAUAUUUCGAUUCCUGCAGCAUUCCUCUCACUUGGAACAACGGAUUUUGGACGACGUCAUGGCAAGUCUGGAACGGGCAAUAGGGGUGCCUGUCGAAGGACAUCAUCGAAGUGCAAGAACGGAAUGCAAUGUGGCCUUCUUUAACCAAAUUUUACAUCCCCUGGCUAGCGGCUUCACAGGUCCACAUUUCCAAGAAAACCUUGCCGACCUCGCGAAACGCCUGCCUUUCGUCCGGUGUAUGACAAUAUUAGAAAAUUACCCUCAAGCCAUGACCACGAGUGAUCGCGAGUGGCAAAUACACUUUUGGGAACAUUUCGUCAAGACAUGCAACUUCGAUUCGUCACAUUUUUAUUGUUCCGUUUGA